GGACCGUACACAAGCCUUGUGAAAACUUAAUUUUUGCCGUGUUUUAAUUAUUGAACGACAUAUUCAUAGAGUCCGGUCGAUUAUUGGCAACAGAUAUCUUUUCCCAGUGCGGUAGAAAAGAUGCACUUGCAUUUAAACAUUAUUUUGAAUUUGGCGCCAAGUCUGUAAUAAAUAGUGAAAAUAGAUUUUUUGUGGAAACGUGAUCAGUGUCUAAUGGGUUUAAUUCUCUCGAUUCUCGUUGCUUGUAUGGGCGCGUGUGAACUUAUCGCAUUAUGUGCUAACGUAAGACGGAAUAUAACCUCAUCUCCAGUUCGAGGAGACCUCUCAACCAUUAGUGACAGGUAUGUGAAAGAACUCAAAGGAUCAGGGAGUAAUACUGUCCCUAACUCUCAGACAACGCUCAAUGAAUUCAUCAAGACAGCAUCGAACUCAACUCGUCUCAACAGCCAUGAAGACGUCGAGAUGGAAUACAAAAAGUCUAAGCAGAAAUGUAGGUCUCCAAGUCCCAGAAAGUUUUUGAUUACAGAAAAAGAAAUAGAUUCCGAACGAUCUUCACCGUCAUCUAGACAUUUCGUGGUUUCUGAUGAUAUGUCGCCUUUUGUUAGGUCUCCGGCACACACGUCAAUUCAAGAGUAUUCGAUUAAAGAAGUGAAAAAUUCUAUCGAAUCACCCGAUAAACCUAGAUACGUACUUCAAGAAGAAGAAAAUUCAGAAACUUCCAUAAUACCUUUGCCAAAACAGUUCAUAUUAACGGAAAACACUGCUAUUGUUCUAAAUUGUCAACGUGAACGUUCCCUUUCUCCACUUCCUCCAGUAGAUCUGCCACAAGUACCCAGAAACAGCUUCUGUAACGAUUUGUUGAACACAGGUGAAGUUCAUCUAGACAAAAAUAUAUCCAGGUCGCCAACACCCGGAGAAAAAGUCGAUGUUAUUUUAGAGUCUUCCAGCUUCAAUACUACUCAGUACUGGACUAACAAAGUUCUUGUAGUACCUAGCAAUAGAUCCAAAUCAAGAUCUCCAUCUCCAAUUGCUCAAAAAGCUUCUGUAUCGGCCAGUGGUAAGACAUUUCUUAGAGCACCAAAGCAACCAAGAGCAAGGUCGAAGUCGGAGAAUAUUGACCAUAAUUUCGAAAGUCCACUAGAUAGAGAAAAGAAAGCAGUUUCGAAUUUGGGUUUAUCAGAUGAUUUCGAGUGGUCAUUUCCUCUAGAGGAUAACAAAGAAUGUCCUCCAUAUGAAAGUUUUUCGGGCUAUGCUGGCAAAGUUAGUAACGCUCAAAGUAUCCAGAAAAUGGUCAAUGUCACUAGUCAUAUGAGGAAAGUAACUAAUGAAACGGAAAACGCAAUUGCCAAAGUGCGAAAUUCCUUCAAUAGUGAAAAUACUACAGCUGUUUUAACUCAUGCGGCUGAAGAAUUAAAAAAAGUGUCAUCGAAAGAGAAUUUUCAGAGCGAACACGGUACAACUUCGGGUCCAAAACCUGGAGAGCCAUUUUGGCUCAUUUUCAGCGGAGAAUAUACCAAGGCCAUGAACAAGGACUGGCACGGCCAACACUUCUGCUGCUGGCAGUGCGACGAGAGUUUGACAGGACAACGUUACGUCCUGCGAGACGAACAUCCUUACUGCGUAUCCUGCUACGAGUCUGUGUUCUCAAACGCUUGCGAAAAAUGCAGCAGGACUAUUGGUAUCGACUCGAAGGAUUUGUCGUACAAAGACAAGCAUUGGCACGAGGCUUGCUUCCUAUGCACCACUUGCGGAGAAUCCUUGGUAGACAAGCAGUUUGGAUCCAAAGGUGAUAGGAUCUAUUGCGGAAGUUGUUAUGAUCAACAAUUCGCCUCCAGAUGCGAUGGGUGCCAUGAAAUUUUCCGAGCCGGUACGAAGAAAAUGGAGUACAAGACCAGGCAAUGGCACGAAAAAUGUUUCUGCUGUUGUGUUUGCAAGGUGCCCAUUGGAACUCAGAGUUUCAUUCCUCGCGAACAAGAAAUUUACUGCUCCAAAUGUUAUGAAGAAAAGUUCGCCACGCGUUGUAUCAAGUGUAACAAGGUUAUUACCAGUGGAGGAGUGACGUACAAAAACGAACCUUGGCAUAGGGAAUGCUUCACCUGCACACAUUGCACAAAGAGUUUGGCAGGUGAACGAUUCACAAGCCGCGACGAGAAGGCUUAUUGCGCAGAAUGUUUUGGAGAAUUGUUUGCAAAACGUUGCACUGCUUGCACCAAACCAAUUACAGGUAUUGGAGGCACCAAAUUCAUCUCUUUCGAAGAUCGUCACUGGCACAAUGAUUGUUUCUUCUGCGCUUCGUGCCGUACUAGUUUGGUAGGACGUGGCUUCAUUACUGAUCAAGAUGACAUCAUCUGUCCCGAGUGCGCUAAACAAAAACUGAUGUAAAUGUCGUAAUUAGUUGAAGGAGGGGUCAUGACUUAAACUCAAACUGAUUUUCAUCAAAUUUCAUUUGUUGAAUCCAAAAAAAAAUAUUUUCAUCCAGUGAAAUUUAAGUAGCAACAAAAUUUUUGAAUGGAUUUUAUAUAUCGUAAAGUUCAAAGCUUUGGUCACAAAUUUAAUUCACUUUGAAUUCAAAUACCAUCAAAAUAACAUUAUUUUUAGACCAAUAACAAAAAAUGAAUAGACAUAUCAUGCAAUGACUCACGAAAAGUAAAUUAAUAUUCGAAUAAUCAUACAAGUCACCUAUUAGUAUGAAUAUAUGUAUAGAAAUAGAGAAUAUAAAGAAUGAAUUGAUCCCUCCUUACUGAAUGAACAAUAAACAGAAGUUGUUUCAUAAGUGUAUUGAUAUGAAAAAAAAUCAUACAAGUUUUUUUAACUAUUUACACAUUUUCACUUCCUAAAUAUAUAGGUUGAUAUUGGUAUCACAAAAAUGACAAUUUUGGAAAAACUUGAAUUAAUGAAUUCCCCAAUAUCUUCACAUAUUUAUUACAUACACUAACACAUAUACACACGAAAACAAAAAAAAAACAUUUUAACAAAUCUAGCAAAUGAAAAAUUUUGUUUAAAUAUAUAUUAUUUCUGUCCAAUUGCAGUUAUUUCGCGGGAACAAUUCAGUCAUUUCCCCCUUCAAAAAUCCUUUUAAUCAUUAGUGAAAGCAUAUUUAUUUUUCUAAUAUUUUUUUCGCUUUAGCUUGUUUCAACAUAUAAUGAGUUCAAGAGCAAUAUAUGACGUAGCCAUAUUCUAAAUAAGUAAGAAAAAGGUUGCCUUAAUAAAUAUUUAUCAUAUUCUAAGUGUUAUAUCCCUAGGGAUUAAACGUUAUAUCAAACGUUCUCAAUAAUGAAUAAUUAUUUACAUUUUUAAUUUAUGGAAUUGUUUAUUGUAGAUAAUAUGUAUACUGCUUCAUAGCAUUUAUGAACAUACCGAGCGAUUUGGUGCUACUACAGUAGAUUAGUAAAUUAGUGCAGGUUGUACUUUUAAGUUUUGAAAUAUUUUAGAAGUUUACAUUUUAUUGUUGCAUAAUAUGUGUUUUAUCCAAGAUUUGAAAUAUAUUAACUAAAUUGUUAUUAAUAUUUAUUCAGGACUUCACAGUUCAUGUAUAUUUUAAUCCUAUAUUUAUGUAUUGUAACUUUUGGGAAUGUUACAACUUGUUAUACUGUCAGAAUCAAGGGCUUUGCUUCUAGGGUACAUCUCAUAUUUCAUUCUGUAAUAAAUUCUUUAAAAAAA